AUGGAGCUGCACCAAGAGCGUCCAGACGGCACGCGGACCGCCGUGUCACAGUUCACCAUCACCCGCGCUCUCUCCACAGCGCUGCGCUACAUCCGCGCGCGAUCUGGAAACUUGCCGCCAAUAUUCGUCGACCAGAUCUGCAUCGACCAGGGUAGGAGCGCAGCGGCCAAGACGGAAAACGGCCAACAGAUCAACCUGAUGGGCGACAUCUACCGUCACUGCACCCGCGUCGUGGCCUGGCUCGGCAUAGCGACACCGCAGACCGACGCCUUUUUCGAUUUUGCUGUUGAAAUCACCCACCACCAGUGCGAAGGCCUCGUCUUCAACUCGGAGCGGUCGGCUGCCGUUUUUUCGGUGGCCAUUCAAAGGAAACGCAACGCCGUUUUCGACGCUGACAAGGUUCUGCAGCGGGACAUGCCUCAGAUGGUCGCCCUGGCACGGCGGUACUGGCCAGUGUUCCCGCACCGCGGCGCUCAACAACGUCAACACUACUGCACCGUCCGACCUGCCCUGCAGUACAGAGCUACUGUAGGGCAGUCUGGAGGAUCUGGCUGCCCUGGAUGUGUUCAGGGUACGCCGUUGGGUACGGAUAAGUACGGAGUAGGUCCCGAGGUGCAGGAAUCUGAAUAG